GCAGUAAGGGCGUUUCGUCUCGGUAUCGCGUAAAUCGUAUUUUUUUUAUUCAGUUUUAUGCAUAAGAACGCGCGGAAGGGUGAAAAUAACACUCACAAAAAAAUCUGCUUGCAUUGGUUCCCUCUCUGUCUUUUCUUCUUUCCUUUGCUGCUGGUGAGAGGACGGAGGGUGGAGAGCAGGCGGCGAGAAAAACAUCGCUCACCAAGGGGGAGGUGAAAACUUGGCUGAUCCACCAGCUCCAACGAGUAGUGGCAGUGAGUGAAGUAAGAGUGGGGAAGGUGGUUUUUGGGGAAAAGGAAUAAAACGAAGAAGAUUGUUUAGCUCGUGGAGCCUCAUCAUUGCCGGACCGGGUGUGCGUGUUUGUGGUUGAAGUGAGACGUACGGGGUGGCACAAGAAAGAAAUGAAUGAGCCCCUGAGAUAGAGCGAAAAACCGAUUUUCGACUUGACGUAUAGUUGAGUAUUAUUAUUGUUGUGCUCGCAUAUGGACGGCCUGGCGAUAUGGAAAUGGUCCUAAACUGGUGUGUGUAGAGAGAGUGAAUGCACGACACAUACGGGUUCAUGCUGUAUUUUAAUUGCAAUUAAUUUAAGUGCGAAGAAGCGGAAUAACAGAAGGAAAAAAGUGCACGCACAUGUCGCAUAUUGUGAAUCGGUCGCUGGUUGCAUUUAUGGUGGAUCUAAGCAACUGAUAUAAGUUUAGAUUUUUCGAGAGGUGGGUGUGCACUUUUGACAGUGGUUCGAAGUGCUCUUGCGUGGGUGUUAGUGCUUGUGUCCAUACCACUCGGGUUGAUAGCUAUACCUACCUGUGUGUGUUUUUCUUCCGAUCUGUUCGGCGAUGAUGGUAUAAUUAAUUAAAAUAAAAUAAAACGGCUGUGCCGGGUAAAUAGGAAUACAGAAAAAAGGUACCCAUGAAAUAUUUCCUAUGUGUGAUGAAGUGAAAUGAAAAUCGAAAGCAGAGAAGAGCAGUACAUUGAGUACGAAGAUCAGAAAGAAGAAGGCGAAUCAAGCUCCAGAAGUGUGAGCCGACUGGAAAGAAGCUAGAUAAGAGAACAAAGAUUGCAGUGAAAAAAAAAUAAAAUCAUUCCGUUUUCACUGCUGUUUUCCUGGUGCAUUGUUGGAGUGACAAAAGUUUUUCUUUUAUGGAUUAUUUUCCACCGCUAUCGCCACUUUAAAAGGAUUUACCCGAUUUUACGGAAACAGAUUCGAUUAUGGAUAUUAAGGUUGUCGGUGGAGCAUGUGGCUAUCAUGGACCGUACACAUUCUACAAAGGCGUUAAAAUCACAUUUCCCAGCACUGACCCCUUGUCACCAGGAGAAGGAGGAGGAGGAACAGGAGCAGCAUCAGCAGUGACAAACGUGUCCUGUUCAUCGACAUCCUCGGUAUCAACUGAGUCGCCAUCAUCACAACCAUCGACGGUUGCGCCGUCGUCAACGGUACCGGGAACGGUGCAAUCGGCGGAACCUUCCGGUCAGAGCCAGGACACUACCAGUCAAAGCAGUAGCAGUAGUUCCGACAGCAGCUGUAGCAAUAAUAAUAAUAAUAACAACAACAACAGCAAAACGCAAACCAACGCUAACUCGAAGCCAAAACAGACGCAACGAAAAUGUGUCAGUGAAAAUAACAGCACCGCGACCGGUGUGAAUAAUUUAUGUAAUGCCACGGCAGCGGAAAAAGAAUCCCUGCUACCGAUGGUGUUGGCCCUGGGGGAUUGCUUCCCAGUACGGCCAUGGUCGGACUCACCGAUUACGUGCCUCGCCGAGCUGCGGAUGGUCUGGAAGGAUCGAAACGAGCAAUGUCUUUUGAUUGCCCUGCGACUUUACUUCCUGCCAGAAAACACACCGUUCGGCCGGAACUGCCAUGGAGAGGAUGAAGUGCUAGCCAUCUCCGAUAAAGUGAUCCUGCGGGCUGACGAUCUACUAACGUGGGUAGCGAUCGACCUGGAGUGGAACUGGGGCCUUCGGACGUUAUUCAACAAGCACAGUGCAAAAGAUUCGAUGACCACCACCCGCAAUCUGAGCAGAAAUUCAUCACUGGACUUUGGCGAUGUGGACAAGGAGAAGCAUGCUGCGGAAAAUAAAGCCUCGAAAAUCGCAGUAUUAAGCUUCCCCCGUUACUGUCGCUAUCGAGCCGUAUUGAAGCGGCUGGAAGGAGUGGAUGAUGACUGGCUGCGGAGUACGCUGGUGGAGACGCUCAGUGGAUAUGUGGCCACUACACCCAACUUGAAGAUCAUGUUCUGCAAGGAAACGUUCGAUUAUCCUGAACUGGAAACUCAUGAGCUGCUGUGCAACCAUUUGGCGCCAAAGCUGAAAGGUCGACCUCGAGGAAAACGGAAGAAAACGCUGUCCGAUUCUUCGUCCCAGGUGAUCAAAAAGGAGGGUGUUUCCGAAGAAAGCGAAUCGAAUGAAUCAGAUAUAUCUGAUUAUUCAUACAGCAAGGCAUCACCAUCCAAGAAAGUAGAUUUGCAGUCCACUCCUCGCUAUAACCCUAGGCCAUCAAGGACAACACCGGUGGUAAAACUGGUGGAUCCAAUUGCUGUACCUCCUGUACCACUGCCUCUUCCACCGGGAAAAAAAGAUAAAAGUAAAUCUAAAUCUACGAAAGGAAAAGGUAAAAAGUCAAAGGCUGGCCGUAAACCGAAGGUCGCACGAACAGCAAAACAGACUGAAGGAAGUGAACCAGAUGAGGAAGUCGAUGAAGCUUCGGUGUGUGACGAAGCUCUGGUGGAAAAAGAGGAACCGGAAGAUGUGCAAGCUGAUGAAGAGGAGUUAGACAAUUUGUUCCAGAUUCAUGAUCGCAUGGCAGCCGAUGAACGAGAUUUCCUGCAACGCCUUCAGCAGUAUCUGGACUCUAAUGCGUUGGCGUAUGCCGAUAGUCAAGCAACGUCGCUGAAAGAUGUCAAACUUUAUCUCAUCUACACGCGAGUGCUCAAUCUGGGCGGAUACAGUGAGAUUAGCAGUAAGGACCAAUGGAACCAGGUGCUGGAAGGAACUGGAGGGGAAAAUGGUGUCAUGACUCGGCGAAAGUACGAAAAGAUAUUGCUCCCGUACGAGAAACAUCAGCAAGAUAUCGCCGAAGCGGUAAAGAAGGAAAUUGAUGAACAGGAGGAGGCAUCUCACGAAAGUCAAAUCUCACCGACCCCUCGUGAACCCGACACGAAGGAAGGCAUUUUGGAGGUUAAAAUCGAGAAACAGGAAGCUGUCGAUGAUCAAGUAGUAGCUGUGAAGAUGGAAUGCAAGGAAGACAAAGAGAACCAGAAGUCUGCGGCGCCCUUAGUGGAGGAGAUAACGGUGAAAAAAGAACUGGAAGAAAAGAAAGAAACGGAAUCACCCAAGGAUGAUUCUGCGGAAGUACAAAGUAAACUAAGAGCAAAAGCGUUAUCUCCUCUUCUGGAGAGUAACAACAGUAACAGCAGUACUGUGACCGGGAGUCCCAAAGGAGUACAUCUGGGAAUGUCUCCGGUAUCCGUACCGUUGACGGUUAUCGUUCGUCCCAAUAUCGACGAGAAAGAUCAACAAUCGUCCCAAAUACAGAUAAAUCAACCACAUACGACCAUCACGGUGCAUCAGACCACUAUUCAUCCACAGAACAGUCAGCAAACAAAUAGUCAACAGAUUAGUGGACAAAGUCCCCAACAUAUAACGAAUCAAAUUCAAAUUACGAACCAGAUCCAAAUACAACAAAUUACCGUGCAAUCAAGUGAUAAGGGCUCUAGUGGUGGUCCCAAUGAAGGUUCGCAAUUCAAAUAUAGCUUUAAGCAAGACAAAUCUGGUCAAGAGAUUAAUAUUGAGUCUCCAUCUGCGGACAAUUCAAAAGGUUCCAACUUCGAGAACAAUAUAAGUGCGACCUUGUUCCCUCUGAACUGCCCGGUGAACACAGAUCCUGAUUUGACUAUCAAAGAAGUAUCAGUUUGUCCCACUAGCGGUACUGUGUCGAUCAGUACUGCUAGUACAAACCCACAAGUCAAUACUCCAUCGAAAACUUCUUCCUUGCGAAACGUUCGCAUGAAAACUGAUAGAAAAUUGUCUGGCAGUACUUCGAAUCUUUCUGCAGGGACCAUUAAUAAACCAUUUGAAAAGGAAAAUAUUCCUCUACUCAGUACCAGUGGAGGUCUCUUUGGUAGAGAAAGUCUCACCACGAUAACUCCAAUUGCGUCAAGCAUGCUAGGCAGUCCUGCAGGAGCAGCUGCAUUAGCUGGAUUAGCUUCCGGUUUAAGUGGGAAUCCUGUUCGAUCUCCAACAGCUGGAGAUGGUGGCAUAUCCAAGGCAAAUGUCCCAGCACCUACUGAAGUUAUUGAUCUCGUUGAUAGUGAUAAUGAAAGUGACUCAUCAACCCCCACCAAAAGCACCAAUAACAAUAUUAAUACUGCCAAACAGGCGGGGCUUUCAGUUCGUCCAAUACCAUCAUUGCUCCCACCCAUGAAGAAGCGUAAAUUAGAUAUUUUGCGUGAAGGUGGUCUCGAAGUAACGCCAAUCUCCAAUGGAGCAAGCAUUUUCUCUGCCAUCACUCAAAAUAGCUCUAAGACCAGCCCCAAUCCUAUGCGGAUCAACAUCACUGCCGAACUGAGUCCACAACGGGGUAAACAGGCUGAGGAAUCUCGUUCACGAGAUCGGAAAUGCAUUCCUAUACCAAUCGAAUGCCAAACGCAGGGAAUGUAUGCCAAGACUGGACAAAUCUUUGGAAAUCCCAAAGAUAUUCCAACUAUUCCUACCAUUCCAAUAAGACAAAUUUCUAUUCAAGAUCCAACGGAUUUGCUAGACCUGACUGGAAGCAAACAUUCUAGAGCUGAAAAUCUCUCUGCUAAAGUUCCAGCUGGUCUGGACUUCACGACAUCGUCCUUACAACAGCGAACGACUUCCGGUUCCAGUACAGGUCGUGCUCCUCGAACUGCUCCGAGUUUGCACAUCACACUAGUACAUGGACCGAACCAAGCACCAUCACAAAUUCAGCAGCCCUCUGUAACCAGUCCACAGCAUCAAAAUCCUCCGAGUCUAAAGAAAAAGCCUUUCGAAAUUGUGCCAUUGCCGACCGCUGCCGGAACUCCCCCUGCUGCUCAGCCAAAAGUACCAAGCCCCAAAAUUUCCUUGGGACCAUCAUCCUCUGGAUCUUCGACAUCUAGUUCUAACGGAACGGGAUCAAAUCCAAAUUCACUUCUUGAGACUGGACUUUUGUUAGCCAACUUGCAGAAAGCCAAUCCACUCCUAGUUGCUAGUAUUCUUUCCUCAUCCGGACUUUCGAAGACAUCAAUCCCCGGUUUAACUCAAUUACUGGGCACUCUUACCGAGCAACCACCGAUGGCUUCCAAAAAAGCCACUCGUCGAAGAUCAAAUUCACAAGCUCAUCCACCACCUCAACAACAAGCUCCACCCCUGCAGCAGAUGACUCCGCCUCCACUUCCACCACACCUUCAACCCUCGAAGAUAAUCUCCUCUCCUCAACAUCCACCUCCAGCGGAUUCACCAUCCUCCCACCCACUCAGUCAGCAAAUCAAACUCCUCCAGCAAGUUCAGAUGCAGCAACAGCAAAAGUUUCGGUUCGAGCAGCAACAAAAAGCAGCGCUCGAACAACAACAGAAGGCAGCUCAUGAACAGAAGCGUAUACAGGACCAGAAACAGAAACAGCUGCAAAUGCUGCAGCAGCUACAAGCACAGCAACAGGCUCAAGCAACAGCAGCAGCAUUGUCCUCUGCCAACUCAUCUUCUCCCACCAUACCAAACACACGAGUUCCAAUGCCCCCAAGUCCAUCUGCGCCAUCGACACCAACAACGGGAACAUUGGGCGGAGGAUUUCCCUUCGAUCCCCUCUACCUUUCUGCAAUCUACUCGAAUCCUAACCUAUACCUGCAAGCUUUAAGCCAGGAGCAGCUGCUUCAGUUCUACAAGAAUCUUCCCAACGUGUCAGGCAUUCCACCAAAUAACAAGAGCUAGCUGCGCUAAGCUUAACUUCAAAUGCAAUGUCUUUUGGCAUGAUUUGUCUAGUAAGAGUAAUGAUAUACGUAUCGUUUGUACCUAUGCAUAAAAAAGAGGAAACUUGGAGCGAUUUUUGACUGGGCAAAAAUAAGGAACGAUGAAUUUAGACUAGACAACGUAGAUCAAAUUAUGAUUUUUAGUACUGUUAGUCCUUAAGUUAACUGGUAAUUGUACAUUUUUUGUUGUUUGGAUAAGGGGCCGAAUUAGUGUAUGUAUGUUUUUUUUUUAGAUUUUCUACCAUCAAGGUCGAACAAUUAGUUGUUUUUUCUUUAUUACGUAUGGUUAGCUAAUUUAGAACACCCUAGUGAACUAGAACAUCUAGAUGUAUGGAGAUUGGAUGCAAAUGAAUUGGUUCUGCUAUUGAUGUUUUGUAACAUUUGAAAAGA